CAGCGAGUCCAGGAUAACAAUCGCGAUGUCAUCCUUCUCCGUUGCCGUUGCGACUGCUCUGCUUUUCUGCCUGGCCGCCCAUGGCUGCUGCGCCCCUCCUCCUUCUAGCGCCAACGGCACCAAUGCCGACACCGGCGGCUGGCUGGACGCCAGGGCCACCUGGUACGGCGCGCCCACCGGCGCCGGGCCCGACGACAACGGCGGCGCCUGUGGUUUCAAGAACGUCAACCUGCCACCCUUCUCCGCCAUGACUUCCUGCGGCAACGAGCCGCUCUUCAAGGACGGCAAGGGCUGCGGCUCAUGCUACCAGAUACGGUGCGUGGCCCAGAACCACCCGGCAUGCUCGGGCGUGCCGGAGACGGUGAUCAUCACGGACAUGAACUACUACCCGGUUGCCCGCUACCACUUCGACCUCAGCGGCACCGCCUUCGGCGCCAUGGCGCUGCCGGGCCGGAACGACCAGCUCCGCCACGCCGGCAUCAUCGACAUGCAGUUCAAGAGGGUGCCUUGCGAGUACCCGGGCCUGACGGUGACGUUCCACGUGGAGCAGGGGUCGAACCCGAACUACUUAGCGAUCCUGGUGGAGUACGAGGACGGCGAUGGCGACGUGGUGCAGGUGGACAUAAUGGAGUCGCGGCCGGACACCACCGGCAAAGACGGCAUGUCGCCUACCGGGCAGUGGCUGCCGAUGAAGGAGUCGUGGGGAUCCAUCUGGAGGAUGGACACAUGGCACCCCAUGCAGGGGCCCUUCUCUCUGCGCAUCACCAACGAGUCCGGGAAGACGCUCGUUGCCGACAAGGUCAUCCCCGCCGACUGGGAGCCCAAUGCCAUCUACCGCUCCAUCGUCCAAUUCAACUGAUUAUUUAGUUAAUCGAUAAAAGAUAUAUACUACUUUCUAUGUUCAUUAAUAUAAGAUGUUUUGAAAAGCUAAACCAGCUUUGUAGAAUAUCUUAAAUUAGUAAACGGAGGGAGUAGCUAGGUAUCUAAUAUAUCAUCCAAACUAUGAUGAUGGUGAGCAUGAUGUAUGCGUAUGUGGGUAUACUAGUGACACCUCGGUGAGUUGGUUAAAUUUUAUUGCCUAUUUAGCUCA